AUGGUCAAAGUUCAGCAGUUCAUCAAAGCUGCGAAGAGAAAACCCUGGAUAGCUACCAUCCGGGUAGCUGGCACGGACAAGAUGUGGACCUUGACCAGCGCCCCUGCUUAUGUGUAUAUCGACCCCACUUGGUUUACUGUCUUCUCUUUCGGUGGCUUGGCGCCUCAAGUUGUCUCGCACAUGUUACAACUUGAGGGGGAUCUAGACAAGCGCGUCAAAUCCAUGCCAGAAGACAGCAGCGAGACAGAUGCCUUCGUAUCACACGCAAACCAUUUGGAUGAUGAUUGCCCAAGCUGGAAGUCAGCGGCAAUGGUUGCGCAAAAGCUUAACAGCAUGCUGCGUGAGCAUGACACACCUAUCUACUUUAAGCAGCCCAACAAUUGCCGAAGCGGUCUGGUUUUCCAACAAUCAAAGAAAGGCAUUAUUGUCAACUGGUUUCAGCCUAGUCUGCUGUUGCAUUUGUUGGCUGCACUCGCAUUCAACCUGGUCUGUGCAUGCAUUUUGGCAGCUUUGGCGUUGAAAGGCAUAUGCAGCUUGGUUUUGCCUUUCAUUUGGCGGAAAGUUGCCGAGCGCUCUGCUGAGAUUCAUGCUUCACAGCGUUUGCACAAUUCGGGCAAUGUGGAUGAGUCGGACAUAAAAGGGGACUUCCUGCAAUACCCGGAGCGUGGGAUCAACCUGUCCUGGCACCGCCCAGCUGAAGCCUUUCAAGCAAGCUUCUUCCGGAUCAGCUGCUUUUGCACAGAUUCGAUGGGCCGAGUUGCUAUAGAUGUGCCAAGUUCAGAUUUGAUGCAGCUUGGGCCUGGCAGGUGCCAAUACUUCUUGACCCUGGCCCAGGCAGGUCUCGAACAUGUGCUGGAAGAUGUUCUGGUGCAGGUCACGGCUAUGUCGGAUGCUAAAGCCCUGUACCGCACAUCGUGGUCGGCGCCAGUUCGUGUGCAUCCACUCCGGGGCGCGGCGCACAUACCCUGGGAUGUGCUGAGUAUUUUGCAGGGUCCCAACCAAACUCAUGCCAGCUUGCCUGCAUUUCUCCGAACGAUGUGUUCAAGGUUCACUCCGCCAGGCUUGACCCUGGUUCUGGACAAGCUGCACCUUGCGGGCGAUAAGGAAGACUUUUCAGAGCCACUGUAUCUUGAGCUGUUUCUCGGAGAGCAAAAGGAGACAGCGCGCAUGGCAACUGCCCGCGGUGAAGAGGAGUCACACGUCUCGACGCGCCUCAUUCGGACAGAGGAGAUAAACAAAUCAUCAGCAGCCAAAGGAUGGAGCGGUAGCGAUUAUUUCGGCAUUGACAUUCAGCCUGAAGCUGAGCCAUGGCGGCUCACGCCACCUUUCCGAGAUGGCUUGCGCUUUGGAGCGGUGCUUCGUGUCCGCGUGCUGUCAGCACAGUCUCAUAGUCUCAUUGCAUCUGGCCACGUUGAUUGGAAUGAGCUGCUGGACACAUACGCAGACAGUCACCAGCUUGGGUUCUCGAAACAGGUUGAUCUCGUUGAUGUGGAUGGUGACUUCAUUGGAGCCUUGUGCAUGCGACCGGCGUUCAACAGUGAGACCUUGGAUGCCAUGGGGUUGGCAGCCAAAGCCUCAAAGGAGAACUGGUUCCAAGAUGAUGUACCCGGUGACAUUUAUUUGCAGGGCGUGGACCGAUUUGUGAACUGGACAUCUGACCGCGCGGAAGAUGAUGAUGCGGAGCAGUGGAUGUGCAAUUUUUGGCUUGAGCAGGCGGGCACGUCAAGCUUGCAGCUGGUUGCCCAUGACCUGCGGUUUGUGUCUGAGACUUUCCCUUGGGUCGUAGAUGCUGACUUCAAUCAGAGCUCUGUAGUUUGCUGCCGAAUCCUCAUGGAAAAGGUCGUGGACCCACAAAAGGAAGAGCCGAUGCAGCCCAAGAAAGAGGCAGUACUAUGCACUUCAAAUUGGUUUGUUGCAGUUGAAACCUUGCAUUUGGGCGAACUUGAGCAAGCAUACGCGGCCUUUUGUCGCAUGAAUCAUAUUGAGAUGGCAGAAAUAAAGCCUUUGAUGUUGGCAAGUUGUGGCAUCGACACCAGACAAGUAAGUGUUCGCGGUUGCAGCGAUUUGCGCCGCCCACUUCCAUUUGAGGACAUGCCCUCAGGCAUUUUGAGAUGUGCUGGAGGAUUGAUACUCACCGGGAUUUUGCACAGCAUACUGGAUUCUGAUGGAGAAGAAAUUGGUCGAUGCCGAGUCCGCUCCAACAACGUCACUGCAGUUGAUGGCCUUCGCUUGCGGAAAUCCAACAUGGUUUGGCGCCCGAAAGAGGUGCUCGGUGAGCAGCUGGGUAUGACUUUUCACGGCAGCCAUCUUCCAGCCGCCUCAACUCUCCUUACCCUGGCUGCGGCAUGUGGCACCCUGGCAUUGCACGUGUGGCAAGCUGCGUGCUUCCUGCUCAUGCCAAUGCUAGCCGCGGCGUUCCUCAAAAUUUAUGCAUACUUCAGCACGCGAGCCGCAGCAUCAGAUCCACUUGCCAGUUCCUUAUUGCUUGAACAGUCAUUGAGCUCUAACUUUGGAGUGCUGAGCUUUGUGUACGCUCUUCUGGUGGUGACAUGCCUGGUUGUGGCGACAUGA